AUGGUGAUGAAUAACAGUGUGACUGAAUUUAUUUUGUUUGGAUUGACACAGGAUGCUAAAAAACAGGAAGUAAUUUUUGGGGUCUUCUUGAUUCUUUACCUUUUGACUCUGCUGGGGAACUUUCUCAUUGUGGUGACUAUUAAGAAAAGUGUGAUCCUUGGGAGUCCCAUGUACUUCUUCCUCUUCUACCUGUCCUUUGCUGAUGCCUGCUUUUCUACAACAACCGCACCAAGAUUGCUUGUGGAUGCUCUGUCUCAGAAGAAGACUAUUUCCUAUAAUGAGUGCAUGACUCAGGUCUUUGCAGCCCAUUUUUUUGGCUGCAUGGAGAUUUUUGUGCUCAUCCUCAUGGCUUUUGAUCGCUAUGUGGCCAUUUGUAAACCCCUCCGGUACACAACCAUCAUGAACCGCCGUGUCUGUGGUGUGCUGGUGAUUGUGGCCUGGGUGGGAUCCUGUGUCCAUUCUUCAGCACAGAUUUUCCUGGCUUUGAAAUUGCCCUUCUGUGGUCCCAAUGUGAUUGAUCACUAUUUCUGUGACUUGCAGCCCUUAUUGAAACUUGCCUGCAUGGACACUUAUGUGAUAAAUUUGCUAGUUGUAUCCAAUAGUGGGGCCAUAUGCAUUAUCUGUUUCAUGCUAUUGCUUACAUCAUAUGCUGUCAUUCUAUACUCCCUGAGAAACCACAGUGUAGAAGGGCAGCGAAAAGCUCUUUCCACCUGCACCUCCCAUUUUAUUGUGGUUGUCAUAUUUUUUGGUCCAUGUAUCUUCAUAUAUACACGUCCGCCAACGACAUUUCCAGUAGACAAGAUGGUGGCUGUGUUUUAUACAAUUGGGACACCCUUACUGAACCCCCUGAUCUAUACAUUGAGGAAUGCAGAAGUGAAAAAUGCCAUGAAAAAGCUAUGGUGUCAGCUUAUAAGCCUUUCUGAUAAAUGA